AUGGCUACUGCUAACGCAAACGCAAACACUGCCGCCGCCCCCCGCCAGGACGCGCUGGUGUCCGUGCUGACGCGCGCCUUGCAGGACAAGCAGCGCGAGGUCGACGAGCUCCAGGAGCGGCUUCGUGCUGUCGACGGCAACGUCAACUCUCAGCAGCCACGCGAACUUCACGUUGGAGACCAGUACCCUCCGCCAGCGAUGGCCGCGGAUGAAGUCGCGGCUCCUGAGCCUGCUGAGGCCCGCGAGGAGGAGUCGGGCACGGAGCGAUCCUCAGGCUCCCCCACGCCCUCCGCCGCAAGCGCCGCCAACGACGACAUGCGCGAGGACACCGUCUACCAUACUGUCCGUCAUCAUGCGCUGACUGCCGGCCCAUACGACCCGCGCGCGGACUCCGAGCCGCCCUACGGCGGCCUGCCCCCCGCUGACGCCGGGCUCCCGCAGACUCGCCGGACGCUCGCGCCGUACCCGUCCCCGUUCGCCUACUACCCCUCGGCUCACCCCGUUCCCGCCGCCGAAGGACAGCGGCCCGGAACCGGUGCCUGAGCUGCUCAGGAUCAAGGUGUCCGUGUUACUGGGCAAUAAUAAUCUCUUGUUACAUCGUGGCUAUAUCUUUCUCUCCCAAAACCGAAGGAUGUUUGCACGCAGGUUGCACGAGCCCCUUCACAUACAUAAAUGGGUCAUAGUAGUUAGGAUCCCACAGUUGCCUGUGCUUGACGAAUGUCUUAAUUGUGCCAUCUCCACCCUUAUUGUC